ACUGAGCGCCGGUUGCCCAUGCGGCCCUAGGGCUGGGAGCGCCGCGCCGCGCUCCGCUGCGGGGGAGGCCAUGGCGGAAGCUUCCCAGGCCCCGACCGCGACCCUGGUUGCGCAGCCCCGUCCCCUUCAGUCCCCAGCCCCUGCCCCAACUCCUACUCCUGCCCCCAGCUCGGCUUCGGCUCCAGUUCCCACCCCGGCACCAGCCCCCGUCUCAGCUGCAGCCCCAGCCGGGAGCACAGGGACUGGGGGGACUGGAGUAGGAAGUGGGGGGACCGGGAGCGGGGGGGAUCCGGCUCGACCUGGCCUGAGCCAGCAGCAACGUGCCAGCCAGAGGAAAGCGCAAGUCCGGGGGCUGCCGCGCGCCAAGAAGCUUGAGAAGCUAGGGGUCUUCUCUGCUUGCAAGGCCAAUGAGACCUGCAAGUGUAAUGGCUGGAAAAACCCCAAGCCCCCCACGGCACCCCGCAUGGACCUGCAGCAGCCAGCCGCCAACCUGAGUGAGCUGUGCCGCAGCUGUGAGCAUCCCUUGGCGGACCACGUGUCCCACCUGGAGAAUGUGUCCGAGGAUGAGAUUAACCGGCUGCUGGGGAUGGUGGUAGAUGUGGAGAACCUGUUCAUGUCUGUUCACAAGGAGGAGGACACGGACACCAAGCAGGUGUAUUUCUACCUCUUCAAGCUCCUGCGGAAAUGCAUCCUGCAGAUGACACGGCCUGUGGUGGAGGGGUCCCUGGGCAGUCCCCCAUUUGAGAAGCCUAAUAUUGAGCAGGGCGUGCUGAACUUUGUGCAGUACAAGUUCAGCCACCUGGCUCCCCGGGAGCGGCAGACGAUGUUCGAGCUCUCAAAGAUGUUCCUGCUCUGCCUUAACUACUGGAAGCUUGAGACGCCAGCCCAGUUUCGGCAGAGGUCCCAGGCUGAGGACGUGGCCACCUACAAGGUCAAUUACACCAGAUGGCUCUGUUACUGCCACGUGCCCCAGAGCUGCGACAGCCUCCCCCGCUAUGAGACCACUCAUGUCUUUGGGCGAAGCCUCCUCCGCUCCAUCUUCACCGUUACCCGCCGGCAGCUGCUAGAGAAGUUCCGAGUGGAGAAGGACAAGCUGGUACCCGAGAAGAGGACCCUGAUCCUCACCCACUUCCCCAAGAUAGACAUUAUUCAUUGUUUCCCACGGGGCCUGGACACAGCCUCAGAGUCCUUCCCACCACAGCACUCCAAGAAACCAGAGCUUACACCUGAGGGCUCCACUCUUGGCUGGAGGGACAGAGCUGUGGGACAGACUAUGCCCUCCCGCAGAUUCCUGUCCAUGCUGGAGGAGGAGAUCUAUGGGGCCAGCUCACCCAUCUGGGAGUCAGGCUUCACCAUGCCACCCUCAGAGGGAACACAGCUGGUGCCCAGGCCGGCCACGGUCAGUGCGGCAGUUGUUCCCAGCGCCCCCAUUUUCAGCCCCACCAUGGGUGGGGGCAGCAACAGCUCCCUGAGCCUGGAUUCUGGAGGGGCUGAACCCAUGCCAGCAGGUGAGAAGAGGAAGCUCCCAGAGAACCUGACCCUGGAGGAUGCCAAGCGGCUCCGUGUGAUGGGCGACAUCCCCAUGGAGCUGGUCAACGAGGUCAUGCUGACCAUCACUGACCCUGCCGCCAUGCUGGGGCCCGAGACCAGCCUGCUGUCAGCCAACGCGGCCCGGGAUGAGACAGCCCGCCUGGAGGAGCGCCGCGGCAUCAUUGAGUUCCACGUCAUCGGCAACUCGCUGACGCCCAAGGCCAAUCGGCGGGUGUUGCUCUGGCUCGUGGGGCUGCAGAACGUCUUCUCCCACCAGCUGCCGCGCAUGCCCAAGGAGUAUAUCGCCCGCCUCGUCUUUGACCCGAAGCACAAGACCCUGGCCUUGAUCAAGGACGGGCGGGUCAUCGGUGGGAUCUGCUUCCGCAUGUUUCCCACCCAGGGCUUCACCGAGAUUGUCUUCUGUGCAGUCACCUCAAAUGAGCAGGUCAAGGGCUAUGGCACUCACCUGAUGAACCACCUGAAGGAGUAUCACAUCAAACACAACAUUCUCUACUUCCUCACCUACGCCGACGAGUACGCCAUUGGCUACUUCAAAAAGCAGGGCUUCUCCAAGGACAUCAAGGUUCCUAAGAGCCGCUACCUGGGCUACAUCAAGGACUAUGAGGGCGCAACCCUGAUGGAGUGUGAGCUGAAUCCCCGGAUCCCCUACACAGAGCUGUCCCACAUCAUCAAGAAGCAGAAGGAGAUCAUCAAGAAGUUGAUAGAGCGCAAACAGGCCCAGAUCCGCAAGGUCUACCCCGGGCUCAGCUGCUUCAAGGAGGGUGUGAGGCAGAUCCCUGUGGAGAGUGUCCCUGGCAUCCGAGAGACAGGCUGGAAGCCGUUAGGGAAGGAGAAGGGGAAGGAGCUGAAGGACCCUGACCAGCUCUACACAACCCUCAAAAACCUGCUGGCCCAGAUCAAGUCACACCCCAGUGCCUGGCCCUUCAUGGAGCCUGUGAAGAAGUCGGAGGCCCCUGACUACUAUGAGGUCAUCCGCUUCCCCAUUGACCUGAAGACCAUGACGGAGCGGCUGCGCAGCCGCUACUAUGUGACCCGGAAGCUCUUUGUGGCUGACCUGCAGCGAGUCAUCGCCAACUGCCGCGAGUACAACCCCCCAGACAGCGAGUACUGCCGCUGCGCCAGUGCCCUGGAGAAAUUCUUCUACUUCAAGCUCAAGGAGGGGGGGCUCAUUGACAAGUAGACCCCGGCUUCGGCAGGCAGCCCUGACCCAGGGAUCCUGCAGCCUCGGAUUCUUCUUUGGCACCUGGGGGUCCCCUGGCCCCAGGCCCCUGACUCUCAGCUUGAGACACUCCAGUCAGCGCCCCCCUGCAGCCCCUGCUCCUACCACCCUUUUUGGACCCUCAGGCACCCCCAAGCCUGCAGCUGUGUCCCUCCCUUCAUUGUGUCUCACCUUGGGGUGGGGUCUCCUGGUCUGGGGCCCCGCCCCUCUUGUGUAGUGGGGGCAGAGGACGUACCCUGCCCAGCUGCGGUAGCCCCCAGACCUGGUCCCCACAGAGCUCUGGAGUCUGAAUUCAGAGCCUGGCUCAGGUCAGCUGUUUCCUCAAGGGCUAAGACAGCUAAUUUUAGUUUGGGUAAGUGGGCUUCAGGUGUUGGAAAUUGCACCCUGACUGAAGGAGCCAUGCCUCCCCUUGCACUGUCACCUGUCAGUCUGUCCCUCAGAGGUGGGGGGCAGGGGGAUUACCCAUUCCCUGGAUUUAUUCUGUUGAAGGGAACAAUAAAGGUUGUUUUUUUUUUUUUU